AUGCCGGGGCUCACGGCGCCGUCCGACUACGCGGAGGAGCCGCCGCGCCACCCGGCCCUCAAGAUCAACUCCAAGGAGCCGUUUAAUGCUGAGCCUCACCGGUCGGCACUAGUCACGUCUUACAUUACCCCGGUGGAUUUCUUCUACAAGAGGAAUCAUGGACCCAUUCCAAAAGUCGAGGACCUCUCAAGAUACAGUGUUCACAUUUCUGGUCUUGUCAACAAGCCGAUUCAACUAUCCAUGGCUGACAUUUGGGCUCUUCCAAAGUACAAUGUCACCGCAACUUUACAGUGUGCGGGAAACAGGAGAACUGCAAUGAGUAAGGUACGGAAAGUGAGAGGUGUUGGUUGGGACAUAUCUGCUCUUGGAAAUGCAACUUGGGGAGGAGCAAAAUUAUCUGAUGUCCUUGAGUUAGUUGGAAUAGCUAAACUCAGUUCGGUUACAUCUUUAGGAGGGAAGCAUGUUGAGUUUGUUAGUGUUGACAAGUGUAAAGAGGAAAAAGGUGGUCCUUAUACUGCAUCUAUUCCAUUAAAGCAGGCAACAGAUCCUGAUGCUGAUGUAUUACUUGCAUAUGAAAUGAAUGGAGAGGUCCUCAAUCGUGACCAUGGAUACCCACUCCGUGUUGUUGUUCCUGGUGUUAUUGGUGCACGGUCUGUAAAAUGGCUGGACAGCAUCAACAUAAUCGAGGAAGAAUGCCAGGGUUUUUUUACGCAAAAAGAUUACAAAAUGUUUCCACCAACCGUGGACUGGGACAAUAUUGACUGGUCAACUAGAAGGCCACAGAUGGAUUUUCCUGUACAGUCUGCUAUCUGUACACUGGAAGAUGUAGAUGUUAUUAAGGAAGGAAAGGCGAGGAUUGCUGGAUAUGCACUUUCAGGUGGUGGCCGUGGUAUUGAGAGAGUGGAUAUAUCUGUUGAUGGGGGUAAAACCUGGGUCGAGGCUCGCAGAUAUCAGAAAGACAACGUGCCAUAUGUAUCUGAUGGACCUCAGAGUGAUAAGUGGGCUUGGGUUCUCUUCGAGGCUACAUUAGACAUACCAGCAAAUGCUGAGAUAGUAGCCAAGGCGGUAAGUGAAACCCAUUGCAACCCCCUGUUUUCAGCAACCUUUGCUGCUUUGCAUAAAACAGGUUGUGAAAAUGCAUCUUCUGGACUGCAGGUGGACUCAGCUGCGAAUGUCCAACCUGAAAACGUGGAAGACAUAUGGAACCUGAGAGGAAUCCUCAACACAUCUUGGCAUCGGAUCAAGAUACAGAAUUCGUCAUGUGUUGGAAGAUCCAAGCUGUGAAAUAAGCAUACGUCUGAAAUCUUGGAGCAAUCAUGUUGGUGAUCCUUACGAAGUGUUACCAUUGUACCAAAAUAAUAAUAGUGUCAUUUCAGCUUUCAGUGUUUCUCCGUCAGACUGUAACAUACGUGGAGAGUUUGACUGUGACAAUAUGAUGUACCGGCAGCUGCUGCUGCUGACCCCCCCACCCUCCCAGAAAAAAAUACGGAGAUGUUGGUUAUCUGA